AUAAGAAAGGCAAAGGCUCAGAGAGAGGCCGGUCCCCUGGGCUCCCUGAACAACCCGGGCGAUCCGUGUGGGUUGGCACUGCAGGGCCAGGCUGUUAGCUACCAAGAACAAUGGGCUUGCAGACACCACUGCCCAAGUGAAACCAGGGGUCUGUAGCUCUUCCGAUUCCUUGCCCUUGUCAAGCCUGCAUCAGGAUGUCAGGAGCCUCCAAGGAGAGUUUGGGGACCCCGGGGCUGCCGGCGUCGGGCAAGACCUGCUUAACUACCGUGGACAAAAAGCUUAACAUGCUGAACGAGAAGGUUGACAAACUCUUGCAUUUCCAAGAAGACGUCACGGAGAAACUGCAGUGCAUGUACCAAGGCAUGGGCCACCUGCAGCAAGGCCUGCACCGGCUGGAGGCCUCCCGGGUCCUGGGCCCGGCUGGAGCUGACCACACUCCUCCAGCUGAUGUGCAGGCUGGAUGGCCAGAGGUCCUGGAGGUGGUGAGGGCCGUGCGGCAGGAUGCCGCCCAGCAUGGCGCCAGACUCGAAGCCCUCUUCAGGAUGAUGGUGGCCGUGGACAAGGCCAUAGCUCUGGUGGGGGCCGUGUUCCAGAACUCGAAGGUGGUGGAUUUCAUCAUGCAAGGGAGUAUCCCCUGGAGGAAAGGAAGCCACGCUGAUGGCCCUGCGGAGAGCAAAGAGCGAGUGGAAGAGAAAGGAGCAAAACCAAAGCACGGGCUGAGCAGCAGAGGCGUGCAGGCUGAAAUCAGGGGGCCUUGGGAAGAGAGCCAGAAGGUGGACCUGCCAGAGGGGACAGUGGAGAGGCUGCCCGCCGUCAACACUUCAGGGAUGGGAUCUGACCUCCUGACCCAGGCAGAGGCCCCACCAGGGCAGGGAGAUGGAGUUCCUGGCCCAGCCCAGGUGCCCUCUGGCCACCUGCUGCUGCCCACAGAGGGGGAAGCCAACGCUCCCUGGGCGCCCAGCAAGAACCCCGGGACUGGCCUGGAAUUGUCCACGGCACUCGACAAGGUCACUGAGGCCCCUGCCAGCCAGGAGGCUGCACCAGGUGCAGGACGAGGAACGUCGUCCAUCAGGCCUGACCCUCGGCCCUCAGAGUGGGGCAUGAGGCUGACAUCAGGGCCCUCAGCCAAGGCCAAGGCAGCUCACGGUGGUGGAGAAGCGCAUCCGAGGAUCUCCAUCCACGUGCAGGAGACGGAUACUCCCGGGGAGCUGCUGGUGACACGAGGGGGCAGCCUCAGACCCACGCCCCUUGCGGAGGCUCCGGCAGCCGCCCGUCCAGGUGAGCAGGACCCUCUGGGGCCUGGGUACUGCCCCCAGGCUCCUGGGACUGAGCUGGGAAAGCAGAUCCCAAAAGGAGCCAGCAAGUUUUCCCUGCUGCGGGAGCAGAGCAGCGACAGGGGAGCGAAGGCUGAGGAGAAGCAGGGGCUCAGGCCUGCGCCCACCAUGGGACCAAGCGGGGCCUGGAGGGACAGGGGAGACGAUGCUGGGGCCCCAGGCCUGCAGCAGGACAAAGACCCGGGAGCAGGGAACCCUGAGCCCAGGAAGGACUGCGCAGCCGGGGGCACGGGCGGGGCCGAAGCAGGAAGGAGGACGCCCGUGGGAGCCGAGGCUGGCAGCGUGGUUCUGGAUGACAGUCCGGCCCCACCUGCUCCUUUUGAACACCGGGUGGUGAGUGUCAAGGAGACCUCGACCUCAGCAGGGUAUGCGGUGUGCCAACACGAGGUCUUGGGAGGGGGCCGGUUUGGCCAGGUCCACAGGUGCACGGAGAAGUCCACAGGCCUCUCACUGGCAGCCAAGAUCAUCAAAGUGAAGAGCGCCAAGGACCGGGAGGAUGUGAAGAACGAGAUCAACAUCAUGAACCAGCUCAGCCAUGUGAACCUGAUCCAGCUCUACGACGCCUUCGAGAGCAAGAACAGCUUUACUCUCGUCAUGGAGUAUGUGGAUGGGGGUGAACUCUUCGACCGGAUCACAGAUGAGAAGUACCACCUGACCGAGCUGGAUGUGGUCUUGUUCACCAGGCAGAUCUGCGAGGGCGUGCACUACCUCCACCAGCACUACAUCCUGCACCUGGACCUCAAGCCGGAGAACAUCCUGUGUGUCAGUCAGACCGGACACCAAAUUAAGAUAAUUGACUUCGGGCUGGCCAGAAGGUACAAGCCUCGAGAGAAGCUAAAGGUGAACUUCGGCACCCCUGAGUUCCUGGCCCCGGAAGUCGUCAAUUACGAGUUUGUCUCGUUCCCCACGGACAUGUGGAGCAUGGGAGUCAUCACCUACAUGCUGCUCAGUGGUUUGUCCCCAUUUCUAGGGGAAACAGAUGCAGAGACUAUGAAUUUCAUUGUGAACUGUAGCUGGGAUUUCGACGCUGACACCUUUGAAGGGCUUUCGGAGGAGGCCAAGGACUUUGUCUCCCGUUUGCUGGUCAAAGAGAAGAGCUGCAGAAUGAGUGCCACACAGUGCCUGAAACAUGAGUGGUUGAAUAAUUUGCCUGCCAAAGCUUCAAAAUCCAAAGUUCGUCUCAAAUCCCAACUAUUGCUGCAGAAAUACAUGGCUCAGAGGAAAUGGAAGAAACAUUUCUACGUGGUGACUGCUGCCAACAGGUUAAGGAAAUUUCCAGCUUGCCCCUAAUCCUCAACUCUGCUGCUCCCGUGGGCCCAGCAAUUGCUGAGACCGGUAGUGAAGUGAUGACUCAAGAUUUUAAAUAAUCUGGCCUUUUACUAAUAUUGAUUCCACUUAUUUUGU